CGUUGCUGCUGCUGGGCGGAUACGGGACACGCGUAAGUUGGAGCAAGCAGCGUGUUGCCACCACCCUCGGGAGCUGCAGGCCUCCGGGGCCUUUGUGGAGGAGUUGGAGCGAUGCUGCUCUUCUGCCCGGGCUGCGGGAACGGGCUGAUCGUGGAGGAGGGACAGCGCUGCCAUCGCUUCGCCUGCAACACUUGUCCCUACGUGCACAACAUCACCCGCAAGGUAACAAACCGGAAGUAUCCAAAGCUGAAAGAAGUGGAUGAUGUGCUUGGGGGAGCAGCUGCUUGGGAGAAUGUUGACUCUACUGCAGAGCCGUGUCCCAAAUGCGAACAUCCUCGUGCUUACUUCAUGCAGCUUCAGACCCGCUCUGCAGAUGAACCCAUGACCACCUUCUACAAGUGCUGCAAUGCUCAGUGUGGACACCGCUGGAGGGACUAGAGCUGGUUCAGCUGCUUCAGUGUCUCCUCAUCUUGUCCCCAAUGGGGAUUUCAGUAGGGAUUGUGUGUCCAGAGGGUCUUUGUUGUUGUAGUGGGAAGCUAACCUUUUUGAGGAUGGAAGGCUAAGAUGUCAGAAAAUAUAGUCCAUCUGCUAGUCUAUGACUGAAGUAAUUAAUGUCCAGGGAGUUUGUGUGCAUGGGAGGAGUGCCAUAAGGAAGUGCAUUUGGUUUAAGUUUUGUGCGUUCAUUGCUUGCUUAUUGGUCAGUUGACACUUCCUGACCAUUAUGCAGCCCUCUGUAAUGUCUGUACAACUUAGUACAUUAAAUGUAUGAUGUUUAACUGCUAUGUAAGCUUACUUAAUUUAUUCUGAAUAUUUCAUAAAAAUGA